AUGACGGCCACUGACUCCCGCCCGACCAUCCGUGUCGGUGUCUUCAUCCCAACAGACUGCCAAUUACUAGACAUGGCCUGUGUCGACAUCUUGGGCACCAUGAGCCACGAAUACUUCACCAUACUCGGCGAUGCCAGCCCAGCCCCGAUCGCCAACCUGGCCCCAAGCGUCAAGAUCUUCUACAUCUCCACCGUCCAACCCAACAACCCCAUCCCCAUGACCUCCGCCGCCCAACUAACCUGCACCCACCACCUCUCCGACCCCGCCGUGCAGCCCGGCGAGCUGGACAUCGUCCUGGUACCCGGGCCCGACCCAACCACCGACUGGAGCAAGCAGCGCGAGGCGACGGGGUGGCUGGCGGGCCACGCGGCGCGGCCGACGACCGACAUCCUGAGCGUGUGCACGGGCAUCUACCUGUGCGGCGCGGCGGGCCUGCUGCGCGGGCGCAAGGCGUGCGGGCCGAGGGGUUUGCAGGCGGAUCUGGCGAAGCGGUUUGAGGGGGUGCAGUGGGUCGGGGAGGAGGUGCGGUGGGUGCGGGAUGGGAAUGUGUGGAGUAGUGGGGGGAUCACGAAUGGCAACGACUUGGUUGCGGCCUAUGCUAGAAAUAGCGGCCGGUUCCCGGGGCCGGUGGCCGAGUUUGGCUUGGUGAUGACGGAGACGGGGGACAGGCCGCAGAGGUAUGAGACUGGGAAGACGGCCAUAACUUUGGGCAUCGUGUGGCAGAUUUUGAAGGCUGCGUUGAUGGGAUUUGGAAAGAAAAAGACAGCUUGA